CGUAAAAUCACGUCAUUACGUUUUUGACAAACGGUACGUCUAGUGACUGUUACAUUUUUUUUAUUUCAUUGAAAUAGGGGAAAUAUGUGGUGGUUUGGAAAAAUGUUAAAUAAAUAUAAUAAAACCGAUUCGCUCUGUUAAAAUAAAUUGGUGGAAAGUACGGGGUGUUUGAGUAUGAGUACUUUAUGGCGGCUAGUGUUGUGUCAGCAGGUGGAGUAGAAUGAAACGGAGAGUUGGGCGAUUUUUUGAUAAUGAAAAAUCACAUAAAUGAGACCACGCGGGCGCUCGCCCUCAACCAAAUGCUAUGAAAUGCGUAUCGUCGAAGCCUCCGCCAUCCCCAAUUGGACAAAAUGUUCAAAAAUGACGGAAGAAGGGCACAGAAUAAAUGGUAACACUGACGGGGGCGCAGUCGUACCUAAGGAUGAGACCUCCAAAAACGCGUACAAUCAAGGGGGUCGAUUGAAAUUUUUUAAAGAUGGGAAGUUUAUUUUGGAGCUGGAAAGGGCGCAGGAUGGGGAGAGGGUGUCGUGGGUUUCCGUACCUCGCAAAACUUACUGGCCACCGCAAGGGAACGCUCCCUCGAUUCCCACUUACCGGCAGGAAAGCAACGCUUCGCUUAGUGUUUCAGACGAUAACAGUUCCAUACAGUCGUCCCCGUGGCAGAGGGAUCACUCGUGGAAGCAGGCGACGCCGCGUCGAAAUCAAUCGAAGGAAAUGACAUUUUUUUAUUAUCAUCUUAAAAAGUUCUCCAAUUGGAGAACGUGUAAAAAUCGCAGACGUCCAUACGCAAUAAUAAAUCAUGUAGAUAGCAUUUUACGUACUAUUAAAACGGAGAUUAAAAGUGAACCGACCGAACAGAUCAGUGUGUGCAAUAAAGUGACAAAUAAACUAAGGGAACGCUCCUCUCUAAUGGCCGUAGUUCAGAUGCUCAUAGAUAAAUGUGCGUCUAGUACACCUCCGCGUUCCGAAAUAGUCGUGUCGCCGCGUAAACGGUUUCUGCGCGAGAUGGAGAAGGACAAACUGCAAGUGGACGAUGCCUGUCAGAAGAGAAGUCGGAAUAAAAGUGUAGUGUCAGGAAGUGCGCCGCCCGUUACUAUUAAAGUGGAGAGUCCGAUCCGAUUGAACGGUCUCACGUCCGGGAUGACAGAGGACAUGCGCGCGCCGCGCAAUUGCAGUUAUAGUAUCACGUCUCUGCUGGCGGAGGAUCGUUCACGCUGUUCUCCCAACGAUUCGCCGAGCAACUUUUCUCCUGUACCGCAAUACUGUUCGCCCCAUGAAGAUCCUUGGUAUUCAGAAAGUGUAGACAGACUACGUUCGAUAGAAUUGUCGCAGGUGGAUAAGCGGACGCUAGCAGCAUACUCUUCAUAUCCGUACAUGUCCCCUUACAUGUACCCGUACUCUUUGCCACCGUAUUACUCGUCAGGGGUCUACGGCCGUAACUACAUGGUACCGCCUAUAUAUCCGCCGCAACCCAUGGCCGUCUCGAUCAGACACGAAACACCGUCGUGCUCGUGGUCAGCAGACGCUUCAAAAGACUUAGAUCACAGGGACGACUCCAUUACAGAUAUGCCGUUGAACCUGUCUAAACAUGCUGGUUGAGCCGAAAUACUGCCGUGCCUUCCACACAAAAAUAUUUUUGUAAAUAAAUAAAUACAUUGAUAUUCUUAUAAGCAACAUUUAAUUUGUAUUUAUUAUUAUUAGUGUUGCUAUUGAUUUGGCAGCAGAGUCUGUAGUUAUUCGUCAUUUCUUCUUCGAAGUUUAGCUCUCUUAAUUGUGCUUGAAUAUUUUGUUUGUGCAAUGCAGAUCUGAAAGUUUAUAAUUGUAAUAAACUUGUACCUAUUACUUGGAUCUUGAUUUAUGUAAAUAUAUUGCAACAUCAACAUUUAUGUGAGGUGAAUGAUUAGUGUGACAGAGGUUUCUUUGCCAUUUAAGCAGUAAGGCUGACUUAGAAAAUAAGUAAACUAACAAGAUUCUCAUGGCAAAUUAAUACUUACAAUUUUAAUAAAUUAGUUACAUUUA